AUGCUUUUCUCCGAGAUAUUCGUCAUCGUCGUGGCCUGCAUCACGUGGGGUCUCACCUCCCUCGGCAUGGCAGUCUACUACCAUCACCUCUUACCACUAGAAGCCCGUCGGCGCUCGCCCACGCUCCAAAACAGCAGUUUCCUGUCGACACUUGUUUCGACUCUGCUCUUCAUUGCCGCUUUCAUUUUCUGGCCCUUCAUCGCCCUAUGGAACCUCUGCGCCCAAUCUCCCGCCAUCGUCCGAGGGACGACAUGCUGCAAUUCAAACAUGUCCAGAGGAAGAUCCAAGGCUGGAUGCUGCGGGUGCAGUUGCAUCUCGUGCGAGCCUUGCAUCAGCGAUGAGGUAUAUGAGAUGGAGAAGACUCGAAAGGAGGAGUCAAGACGGAUCGUCUGCGGCGUCCAGAGCGUGCAGCCAACCAUGCAGCAGACGAUGGAGAUGAGGCCGUAUUCCGCUACCUCUGACGCCCAGGAGAAGCGGGUUGUUGAGAAUAACGAGUCUCUGACCGAGAGCGCUCAACCGACACCGCGGGUUGACAAGGACUGA